UUAAAAUUUCACAACAAAAUAUAGGUAAAAAGCCCACUUAGCUAGUAAUUGAGAAUUGUGUUCCAAGGCAGUGGCACUACAUUUAGCAAUAAUUUGUUGCGGCUCUGCAAAAAAGGUUGAUUUGAGAAGAGAGAGAUAUGGGAAGAGAUAGCUGUCUAGCGAGAGUAACUGCUGGUGUUGCUGUUGGCGGUGCAGUUGGUGGCGCUGUUGGUGCUGUAUAUGGGACUUAUGAGGCUGUUAGGUUCAAGGUGCCUGGACUUCUGAAAAUCAGAUAUAUUGGACAAACUACUUUGGGAAGUGCAGCCAUUUUUGGUCUCUUCUUGGGUGCUGGAAGCUUGAUACACUGUGGAAAGUCUUACUAAGCAUAUCUUUUUGGAAUUGAAUUGAGUUGUUGUUAUCAGAAUAAUGUGCUUGUGCAAUUCCAAUAUAUUUGAGUUGAGUAAUGAUAAUUGGUGAUUCAAACUUAAGCUUU